AUGGGAUCAAAUUUUAUUAAACCAAAAUCAACAUUGACAACUACUUGUUAUUAACUUCACACUCCAAAAAUAAAAACAACUGCUAAUUGUCUUAAUGCUAUUGCUCUCAAUAAGGAAAAAAAUCUCUUAGUUACUACAUGUUCUAAAGACAUCACUUUUUAUUCAAUAAAAAAGGAAUAAUUAAAGAAAAUGUAACAGAUCGUAACUCAUGACCAUAAUAUCACACUCAAUAUUUUCUAGAAUAGGAAAUAAUUUGUCAUAGGGUCUGAAAAUAAAUCCAUUAAAAUAUGGUCAUUGAAUUUAUUAUCAAAUGCAAAAUAUAUCAUAAAAUUAAAAGGAAAUUCUACCAUAUAUUUAGUGAUACACCCCUAUGAAGACAAAUUUAUGUAUGGUUCUAAAGAAAAAGCAAUAAAAAUUUGGUCUCAAAACCCAUCCUGGCUUUGUUCAUAAACAAUACUUGAGCAUAAUAAUUGGAUUUGGGCUUUAUCGAUAAAUUAAAAUGGUAAUAAAUUAAUAUCUUCUGGUUGGGAUAAUUUAAUUUUGAUUAUGGAAGAGAAAAAAACAAGGAAUGGGAAGUUAAACAAAGAAUAAGCGUUGAUAAAUGGGAACAUAGAUUAACCUUUAUAAACGACAAAGUAUUUUCAUUUUAACCUGUUAAUAUUAUUAAUAGAUCUUGGAUUGGAUCUACAAAUCUUCACUUAUUUAUUUUUGAAUCUAUUUCUGGACAAUAUACUCUAAAUAAAAAAAUUACAGUAUCAUGUAGUUGCUAAAGAUGUACUAGUUAGUCACCUUAACAAUACAUUCCUUCUAAGCAAAUCCUACUUAUUAAAAAUGGUCAUUUUUUGAAUUUAGUACAAUUAAAGUUUGUAACUUCAACAAAAUUUGAGUGCAUUUUGGCUUAAGCGAUAGAAUUUAGUUGCGAAUCGCUUUUGGGAACAUUGAGUGAAGAUGGAUACUUGUUAGUAAGUUGGAAUAAAUCAAUCUAUGAUAUAUAGAUCAGAAUCUUGAAACCUUGA